AUGAAUAUAUUCAGAUGUUGUCCUUACUUCGGAGCAACUUUGGAUAAAGUUGACCGCACUGGAAGAGGUGGGGGUCUUGCCUUAUUUUGGCAUCAUACUUCUAGUUGCAAUCUUGUUGAUUUUUCUAAUAAUCAUAUUACUGUUGAAAUUAUUGAUUCUGUUCUUGGUCCUUGGAGACUCACCUGCUAUUAUGGCUAUCCGAAUGGAGGUCGUAGAAUUCCCGCGUGGAAUUUUCUCCGUCAACUUGCUAACCAAUUUACAGGUCCUUGGUGCAUUUUUGGUGACUUUAACGACAUUUUGGAUGCUAGUGAAAAAAGAGGCCGCAACAACAUACCUCAAUGGUUGAUUAAUGGUUUCCGGCAAGCUGUCAUUGACUCAGCUUCUGUUGAAACUCUUGUGGAACCGGCUUCCGAUCAUUAUCCUAUUCUUACUAGGCGCAAUUUUCGAUAUAAAAAUGCGUGGCACCUAGAACCGGGGUUUAAGGAUAUGGUUACUAACUCUUGGCAGGUUUAUUCUCAUAAUUCUCUUAUUCCCAAAAUGUCUUCUUGUGCGGAAGAGAUGUCAGUAUGGAGUAAAGCUCAUUGUAAUAAGCUGAAAAGUGAAAUCGAAGAUUGUAGGUGGCAACUGCAAACUAUGCGCACACAUACAUCAAGGGAAGAGCAGGUUCAAAUGUUUGAGCUUAGGAAGAGAAUGCAACGACUUCUUGCUCAGGAUGAUGCUUUUUGGCGGCAACAUGCUAAAACUCAUUGGUAUAGGGACGGUGACCGUAACACAAAGUUUUUUCAUGCUUCAGCUACGGCUAGGAAACAGAAGCAUGGUAGCGCUUUCUCUCUUGUUAUUGAUGUUAUUCCCGUUUCUAUUUUUGCUCAUGAUAAUGAAAAACUCACGGCUCCGUUUACUAAAGCUAAAUUUCGUGAAGCUAUUUUUUCGAUGCAUCUGGACAAGUGCCCAGGUCCUGACAGGUUCAAUCCAGGAUUUUACAAACAUUUUUGGAACUUGUGCAGUGUUGAUAUUUUUAAGGAAUGUUGUGUGUGGCUUGAUACGGGACAAUUUCCCCCUGACUUGAGUAUGACAAAUAUUGCUCUUAUUCCGAAAGGUAACUCGCAGGUUAGCAUGAAAGAUUGGCGUCCCAUAGCUCUUUGCAAUGCCCUAUACAAAAUUAUAUCUAAAGUUUUAGCCCUCAUAUUGAAAGGGGUGCUUUCUCAGUGUAUUUCUGAUAGCCAAUCUGCUUUUGUUCCCGGUAGAUCCAUUUUGGAUAAUGCUAUGGUUGCAAUUGAGGUAAUCCAUUUCAUGAAAACGAAGACGAGAAGCGAUGACAGGUAUAUUGCUUUGAAGCUUGAUAUUAACAAGGCAUAUGAUCGUAUGGAUUGGGAUUAUUUAUGUGCUGUUAUGGUUAAAAUGGGCUUCAACGCUAGGUGGAUUCAAUGGAUGAGCAUGUGUGUCGAGUCUGUGGAUUAUUCUGUUCUUGUCAAUAAUGAAAAGGUUGGCCCUAUUAUCCCAGGAUGUGGCCUUCGUCAAUGGGAUCCUCUUUCUCCGUACCUUUUUAUUAUCUGUGUAGAAGGGUUAUCUUCCCUUAUUAGGGAUGCGGAGGCGCGAGGUGUUAUUACAGAUGAUUGCUUUCUCUUUUUCGAAGCAGACGAAGGACAAGCGAUUGUUAUAAAAAAUAUUCUUUCGUUGUAUGAGGCAGCCUCUGGUCAGGAAGUUUUGGGAACUGGUAAAUAUUUGGCUUUACCGUCUAUGGUGGGCAGGGAUUGUAAUGCGACUUUCUCCUAUAUCAAAUAUCGUGUCUGGAAGAAAAUAAAUUCUUGGAGUAGUAAUUGUUUAUCUAAGGCAGUGCGCGAGGUUGUGAUCAAAUCCGUUCUACAGGCUAUUCCGUUGUAUGUCAUGAGUAUUUUUCAACUGCCGGCCACUCUGAUUGACACUAUUGAAAAGAUGAUGAAUUCUUUUUGGUGGGGUCAUGGUAGAACUACUCAGCGAGGUAUUAACUGGAUGAGGUGGGAGAAGUUAUCUGUUCCUGAGGUUCAUGGUGGUAUGGUUUUCAAGGAUCUCUCCGCUUUCAAUUUGGCUAUGCUUGUCAUUAUAGAUGAAGAUUUUGUUCCAACAACCAAAGAAGGAGCUGUCAAAGCAAAAAGUGCAUGGUCAACAGAUGAAAAAGCUCAGGUAUUACUAUACUCUAAAGCUAGAGUCUUUUUAUCAUGUGCACUAACCAUGGAAGAAAGUGAAAGAGUUGAUGAAUGUACAAAUGCUAAAGAGGCCAAAGAUUUAAAAUCUAUGAACCUGGAAGAUCUCAUUGGUUCACUAAGAGCUCAUGAAGUUGUACUUCAAGGAGACAAACCAGUAAAGAAGGUAAAAACACUUGCCUUAAAAGCAUCUCAGUCAAGCUCAUCAGUUGCUGAUGAUGAUGUGCAAGAAUCACAAGAGUUAGAAGAAGUUCAUGAAGAAGAAGCUGAAGAUGAACUUGCACUAAUCUCUAAAAGAAUUCAAAGAAUGAUGUUGAGAAGAAAUCAGAUCAGAAAGAAGUUUCCAAACACCAACAUGAGCACCAAAACUGAAGCUGACAAAAGUCAAGUUACCUGCUUUGGAUGCAACAAAACUGGACACUACAAAAGUGAAUGUCCUGACAUCAAGAAAGUUCAAAGAAAACCUCCAUUCAAGAAGAAGGCAUGA